AUGAAGUUUCCAUACAUUUAUUUUUUGUUUUAUUGCAUUUUAAUUACUAUAAAUUCUGAUGAAGAAAUAUACAUCAAGCUAAAUGAAUAUGAAAUAAAAAAUAAUUUUAGUGUUCGUGUCUUGAAAAAGUCUUCUAUUAAAUGUGGUUUAGAAAUUCGUGAUGAAGCAGAAAUUGAAAUGAGGACAUUUUCCCCUGGGGUGAAUAUUAUGCCACAAAUAUUAUCGGACUAUCAAUAUGGCUAUGCUCACCAGAAAUUUAUAGUUGGAGAACAUAACGUAUCUCCUUUAAAUAAGGGAUUAAGAGGAAUGUGCAUUGGUGAACUCAGACGUAUUGGUAUACUUGUGGCAGGCAUCGGGAAAAUAUACUAUGAAAUCACCCUGAAAGACUAUAAAAAGAAAAGCGAAAUUAACACAGAACUUUAA